AUGAGUGAUUACGCUGAACUCAGUGAGCUACCGGUUAGCAUCAAGCAAGUGAAAAACUGUGCUUUUUCUGAAUGGUAUCCGAAGUUUCGGAACCAAACCCCGCAUGCUGUCAUUAUCAAGCCUGUGCCGUCGGGGUUUAUGAGAUACUUGGAACAAGAUGGCAUCAAAUUGCCGAACGAUAGCAACUUCAGCAGAUCAUCCUACUAUCAAGAUAUAGAAAAGACGGAGGAAAAUGAAUACAGCGACUGGGAAGACGAGAAGGAAGAUAUUCCUGAACAACAUGUGGAUAGUAGAGAUGCCACAGCUUUGUUCCCGGAACUUCACGAGACAUUGAAGCGGACGUUCAACGAGCUAGGGCCUCUGACCCCGAAGUUAACCUGGUCCAGCCCUAAGGAUGCUACCUGGAUCCUUGCGAAUAACUCUAUGAAAUGUUACGAGGUCAACGAUCUAUACCUGCUGAUGAAGGCCUCGAACUACAUAGUGCAUGAUCUAGAACGUGCCUUUGACGGAUGCUAUGAUGUAGACAGUAUAGACUCUACUAAGUUUUCACAUGAGCUUGUUUUACGGAAGUGGUUUGAUAUUAAUCCAGCGCUGGAGUUUCGAGUGUUUGUUAAGCAGGCCAGAGUCGUUGCAGUUUCUCAACGAGACCUCAACUACUACGACUAUCUGAUACCGCUGGUGGACCGCCUUAAAGAUGUCAUUGACGAGUUUAUCGAGGAGACGGUGAGUACCAAGUUUCCAGACUCUUCAUACAUCUGCGACGUGUAUAUUCCGCGGCCCUUCGACAAGGUCUGGUUGAUCGACUUCAACCCCUUUGCUAGAAAGACCGAUCCACUGAUGUUUUCCUGGAAUGAAUUAAUCACGCUCGAUAUUGACGGUGACGCGGAAUUCGAUUAUGAGCUUCGAUUGGUCACUGAAAACAAUGUAGCCAGGUUCGCUGCAAAGGAACAUUCUGAAAAUUACGUUCCCAAAGAUGUUGCCGAUGCUGCAACCAAUCCCAAUGCAAUCAAGGAGCUAGCAGAAAAGUGGUCUGAAUUAAUGAAGUUGCAGCAAGCAGAAGGCUCCAGCGAGAGUGAAGAUGAUUAG